UCUUGUCUCUCCCACAACACUUGUGUGACCAGGGAAGGGGGCGGGUUGAGGUUGUUUUUUAAAAUGUAUCUUUAAAAGUUUGCCUUUCUCCGUUCUUCUAUUACUGUCAAGUUGGGGUUUUUUUUCUAAUCUCCCUCUUACUCUCUUUCCAUUUUCGAAGUGUUUGUCACGAUAAUUUCUCGAGCAUCGUUUCGUCAAUUCCUGUCGCUAUCGGAUUCCUCUCGGAAGCUCGAACGUGUUCAGGAUUUACACCGCUGCCACAGGAAGACAUGAUGCUGAGGAGGCGGGUGUCGGUCGGGAGUGUGGCAGUUUGAGACUGGGGGAUGUUCCGCUGAGUUCAGCGCUGAGCUGUGAUUUCUUUCCCUGGGAGUACCGUGGUGGGAAUCUACUCACGGCAACCAGCGUAGUUUGUCACAAAGCCCUGCUGGCUCGAUCAGCACCCGGGGUCGGUCGGCAUCGUGUGGUCUCUACACAAGACGGCAGAAAAUGUCGUGCACUUGAUUCCUAUGUGAGAUUCCGUGUGUUUGAGCUGCACUGCUUGGUAGAACAGUUUUCUAGAUUUAGGGUAGACUUGGGUGUGCAUGAGACUAAGCUAUGUCCACGGGCUCCUAUGACGAGGCAUCGAAUUUGGUCAAGGAUCCGUCAUCACCAGUCCUGUCUGGCGCCGAGGGAGGAGACGACGUGUUUGCAGACUCGGGCAACUCACGGGAGACAACCGCUAGCCCCUCGUCCUCCUCCGCCUCUUCGUCCCUAGUUGUCACAAAAGGAAGCAGUAGGUCCCCCUCUCCCAAAAAGUCGAAAGCCGUCAAAGGUUUAGGGUUUUUGAUCAAGGCUCGGGAAGGUGCGAAAAAGAGCAGAUCAAAGUCCCCCCUCUCUUUGAAGCCGGCCUCCAAAUCCAAGAAGGCCACGUCUGAUGACGAGGAUUUUCUCAGCGAACUGGGCGCCGGUGCGCAUGCGCAGGAGGGAGAUGGCGAGCUCGACGACAAGGUCAAAGCCAAGUCGGAGCACUGGCAGGCUUUCUUACAGAUGCAGGAUCGCAUCAAGCAGAAUGUCUUAAAGACUCAGACGAGCAUCGGGAAACUCGCGUCUGGCCGGAUCUCCCCCUCGGGUCGGAUCUCACCGGGCAAGGAUAAGCAGAAGAACAGCCGUGAAGACGGCAGUGGCCAGGCAUGCAACAUUCCAUUCACCAAUCUCGACGACCAGGACGCUUGUGACGACUCGGUGGACACCCCAGAGGCUGACCCUCCUCUGCCUGCCACGUCUGCGAGCAGCGAUCCCGAGAGAAACAACUCGGAGCUUUUCUCCAACGUCUACGAUAGCACGGACCUCUCCAGUCUCAUCUCUGUCCCUCAGUUUACUGUUUCCUCUCCUUCAGCGUUUCAAACCGCGGCCCCUUGCGCUGACUCCAAUUUUGCGAUGGAUCAGGACGGGUUCGCUGACCUUCUGGGGUUUGACCCCCCGCCAGCAGGCAGCAGCGCUGUACCCCCUACUGGGGCCGACUCCACACUUCCCAGCGCCGGCGGCGAUAUGCCUCCUACUUCUAACGGCGGCGACGAGUUCGAUCUUUUAGGUUUGAGCUCCGACCCAGCCCCUCCUCCCACCGCCCAACACCAGUUCUCCAACCAGAGCUCCCUGAACGAAGACCUGCUGGGUCUGGACGACUUCCUGUCGUGCCCGGCGUCACGUGACAUGUCCCAGGAGAACCUGACCACUGAUUGGUUCGCCGGAUCCUCCACGGCCCAGAGCAGCGCGCAGUCCUCGUUGUGCCCGAGCCCCGUGCAGUUUGACCUGGAGGUGCUGCAGAGUCAGGGCAAGCUGGUCCCCGAGAGCACGGCCGUGUCGGACCUGGCGCGCUCUCUGGUGGACGAUUUCCUGCUGUGGGGCGCCUCCAACUCCGACGAACCUUUGUCCAAAAACCCUUUCCAGUCGGACGACCUUUCUUCGGAUCAAACUCUAAAACCGAACGCGUUCAACCCCUUCGCGACAAUCGUGGAGUCGGACGACCCCGACCUCGGGGCGGAUUUCUUUGGAAACAUCUCCUCCGAGCGGACACCGGUCAAUGCUUCAACCCAUGAGGCGACCUUUGACCCCUUUGUCGUGGACAACAACGACAGCUCCUCCGCCCCCGCCCCCACCGCAGACCUCUCAUCAGCAUUCUCCUCGCUCGACCCGUUCGCACCGCACCCCAGCCCGCUCCCCGCCGUGUCCUCCGCCCCGCCCCUGGACAUCAACUCCAACGCUGCCCCGCUCACGUCUGCUGCUGUUCCUCCCCUCCGACCCGCCCAGCCGGCGCCCGGGAGGAAGUCGUCCAGGAAGUCCUCCAACCCGUUUCUCUUGCACGACGAGGACUUCCGGGACGGGGAGAUAACUUUUGACGACAAUUUCUUCGCCAGCCGCGGGAUAUUCCACGCCGCGCCCGCGAAAGAUCAGGACAGUAUUUGGGGGACGUCCUCGGACUCCGCGAGCGCCAAUGUUGCGACUUCUGGGACGUCGUCUGUGGCUGGCGCCGACAACCCUUUCCAGGACGAUCUGUUCACAGCCGCAGACAUCAGCACGGCGGACUCGGAGGCUGACAGAGGCGGAGACAACAUGUCCUCCAUCAGCCAGCCCAUUAACCCUUUCCUCACGGCCAGUUUUGAGAAUAUAGCAGCGCAAGCCCCGAUCCAACCUCUUGGAGAAGACAACCCGUUCGCAGCGAUGGUCAGCGGAAGUCCAGCCCGCUCUCCCAGCCCGUCUUUGGCUCCGGCCACCACCGCUGCCAACGACUCGUUGUUCGGCCCCAGCCUAGAGGCAAGCGUUGUCGCGGGAAACGGCGCUCCCCCGGCCGCGGGCAACGAUUUGACCUUUGACCCUUUCACUUCCCUGCCGGCCGACCAAGCCAAGACGAACGCCAGCGGUGGCGAGACGCAAACGUCCAACCUCCUGGACACACCCGAAGACUCGGACAGUCUGUUCGGACCGUCGUUGGGUCAGUCGAAAACGGCCGGAGGUUUCGGCGAGGACGGCAAGUUCAAGCUGGACAUUCGGGAAAAGUCGCAGGGUGACGUGAGCUCUGGCCCCGUGCCCGUCCUGCCCCCGCCUCCCAAACCCCCGAAAUCACCUCAGAUGCCUCACAGGGAGAACCCGUUCGACAAGGAGUCUCCUCCAGAAGAAAACUUCGCCAGCUUCGCGGAAGUGGAAGAAGAGCUCCGGAAGAAGUCGGAGGCGGAAGCGGCGGAAGCGGCCGCGGCCAAGGAGCGCCGGGAACGCAUGAAGUCUCUGACGUCAGAGGAGAGCACGCCGGAAGAGGAAGGGCCUCUGGAACCGCUGGAGCCGUUUCGUAGCCUGGAGAACAAGGUCAUGUGGAAGCUCAUGGUCAGGCAGCCGACCAAGAAGAAGUUGGCGGGAAAUCGGUUCUGGAAAAUGGCGUGUAUCCGGCUAGGUCAGAACAAGGACGGGCCUAUGAUCAGGCUGUUCAACGAGGAGAAGGACACCGAGCCCUUCCAGGAACUUCCCCUCCAGCCGUGCUACUCCAUCAGUGACGUGGCCAUGCAGCAGUACGACCAGUUCGGCAAGAUACACACCGUCAAGAUCCAGUAUAUCUUCUAUCGGGAGCGAGUCGGCAUCCGCCCCGAGCGCAUCACGCCGUCCUUUGUGAGAAAACCCAAGCCCAACAUGAUCCUGGACCACGCGCCACAAGUGUCGGAGCUGCUCAAGUUUGGCGGUCUGGACGUGGAGGAAAUCACCUCGUUUGUCUGGGCCGUGGAGGACGCCCUCAUGAAGCUGGAGUGUCACCGAGACAAGACUUUGACCUACGCCAAAGACGAGGUCCAGGCGGAAGUCUGGGAUGAGUACUCGGCUGUCAUUGACAAGGACGGCCACGUAGCCUCUCAGAAGGCGCGGGUUCGGAUCUUCUUCCUCGCUUUCUUGACGGGCAUGCCGGCGUGCGAGCUAGGCAUCAGCGAUCGUCGUCGCAAAGGAAAGGAGGUUGUGGGGAGGCACGACAUUAUCCCCGUGCGGACUGAAGACUGGAUCAAGAUCGAGGAUCCGGAGUUCCACCACGUAGUCGAUUUGGAGACGUACAACAAGACCCACAACAUCCGCUUCCACCCUCUUGACGCCUGUCAGUUCGAGCUGGUUCGCUUCCGGGUUCGUCCGCGCGAGAACCGAGAGCUGCCCCUUCAGCUGCGCAUCACCCAGGUGAUGAAGAACCGGCAGUUCGAGAUCCGCGUGGACCUGCUGGUCACCGGCUACCACGCCUUCAGCAAAAAGUGUGGCCAGUUCCCGUGCGAGGACAUCGAGGUUCGAAUCCGCGUGCCCGAGGUGUGGAUCUACUACUUCCGCUACGAGAAGCGGUUCGGGUACGGCUCUCUCAAGGCAAUGGCUCGGAAGCCGGGCCGGAUCAAAGGUCUGGAGAGGAUCACAAUGAUGGCGCAGGGUCUGCUCACCCCCGCCCUCAUGGAGGCUUCUGUCGGCUCGGCCAAGUACGAACAUCUGUACCGCUCGGUGGUGUGGAGGAUACCCAGACUUCCCGAGAGAAAUCACGGAGCAUACAAGAACCACCUGUUUGUGCUGCACCUGGCCCUGGGCCAGCACGACGAGGUGCCGGACUCACUGGAGCAGUGGGCCGACUGUUCCUUCACCAUGCCCGCCUCCACCGUCUCCAAGGCCCAGGUCCGCUCCAUCAGCGUGGAGAACCCCACGCCUCCGGAGAAGUGGGUGCGCUACAUCGCCAAGUACCAGUACCGCGUGGAGAUUGAUAACGUCAUUGAGACUGAGUCAGAUCACGAGACUAGCGAGUGAGUGAUUUGGGAGGCUGGCUCCACCGUUUGAUGGAGAAAGAUUUGCACAAGAUCAGGGAGUGAUCGGAAGCAUUGAUGUGCUGUUUGGACAGGAAAGGAUUGUGGAGACCCGCUGGUGAUGUGAUGGUUGAUGGGGCAGCGUGUAGAAGAGAAAGAUCAAGCAGGACAAGCUGGCGAUUAAAGAAAAAACAACAUCAUUCUGGAGAACAUUGCGCAAAAGGUGUUUGAGAGACUUAAAAACAUUUCUAAGAGACAGUCAGAAGAAAGGACAUGGGGUUUGAGACCAGGAAUGGAAUGAUAAUGAUGCCUAAAAUUCUCUGCUUUGAAACACAGCUGGCUUUACUCUUGUGAAACCCUGAAGCCAGUCGUGUUGUAAAGUGGAGUCACCAGGCUCAAGCUGAUUGGGUCAUCUGAAAUUAUUUGGUGAUGAAUUUGCACUCUUGGUAGUGAUGGGAAAAAAACAAAGAAAGAAAGAUUUCUUUACCUCAGGGCUGUCCACAGACUUUGUUUAUGUGUCAUGUGGAUUUUUUUACACUCCAUACUGCCCCUUUUGGACCCACAACAAGCAAACAGUUUUUGUUCAAUUUCCAGUGAUAUCAUGAUGCCAUUGUCACUAAGCCCCUAGGGAAGUGUUUGUCAACCUUUUUAUCUCCAGCACCCACUUUUGCUACUUAAAAGUUGUCAUACCACCCACCUACAUAUAUAUUCCCCAGAGGGGCAUCAAAUGAUACCUGUGACGAGACAUGUGAUCCCCCCCACCGCCCACCAAAAUUACCAAAUCGCUCACUCAUGGAUAAUGUCACCCAGGUUGGCAACCACUGCCCUAGUGUGAUGUUUAGAGACGCGCAAAAUCCCUGAAUUUCAACACAUCAAAAUGUAAAAAAUGAUGAAAAUCUCUGAAGUAUUGAACAAGUAUGAAACUAAAGGUCUGAUGCAGAAGGAAAAAUAAAAGCUUAAACUUUCAUAAGCAGAAUGUUCUGUGGAGAGUACGUUUUAUCGAAGCUGUGAACAACCUUUUCCCUGUCGUUUUACUCGAGUCGUUUCCCCUGAGCUGUGUGCUGUUCAUGCUGCUUGUCACAGUGAGGCGGACAGUGACAGCAAAAUCUCCGUCUUUGAUCUGACCAUCAUGAAUUCCUUUGAAUUAUUUGUAACAUUCCCUCUACUGUAUUCAUUUAGGGUUAAGUCUUUGCAUUAAUUGAUCUCCCGUGUGACGAUAGAAAGUCUGACCAACUCAAAGACAGCUAUGAAAAUUGACCAAAACCUAAGAGUAUUUAUUUGAUUCCCACAAAAUAUUGAGUGCUGUAUUUUCUUAAGAGUCACAGGUCAGUGCAGUAUUAUGAUACAUUCUGACAGAGCCUUUGAAGAGCUUUCAUCUCAUAUCAAUACACUUUUCUGUUUGGGUCAAAUCCGUGUUUGUCUCUCUAUUUAUAAUCUCCAUUAGGGAAAAGUGUGGAGGGGAGGUACAGCUUUCCUCCGACUGUCCUGUGUUUGCAAUCUGGUAAAGAGGAGUAAUCCAUGACGUUUAUCGUCUGCUCUUUAUCGUCUGCUCUUUAUCGUCUGCUCUUUAUCCUCAUUCUCUUGUCCCAAAUGCCUGUCUACGUAUUUAUUCUGUCGUGUGUGGAGACGGACCGUCCUGACAUCACACCAACAUUGCUAAACUGAUCUCUCUGCCCAGUGCUUCGUCUACCGCAACAAAAGAAAAAAACCAACCUGAAGUGACCACUCAAGACCAACUCUUUUUACUUUUUGUAUUCUUGUCAACAAUUUGUCUUCUAUUUAUUCUUCCCUCUGAAAGUUGAGCUUCUGUGACCUGUACAUAAAACUGAAUGAGUGGAUUUGCUUAGCUAUUUGUACGGAGGAAUAGCUUGCUGUUGCUAGUGGUUUCAGAAUACAUGUAGAUUAAUGUUUGACUGUUUUCGCACUGAAGCAGGAUAUGAAAAUGUUAUGAUCUAGUCAUUUAGAGAUGAGUUGUGUCCCCUUUCAUAACACCGCUGACUGUUCUUUACACACACAAAUCUUUGUAUUAUGCCAUCUUUCACAUGAUUAUGUGCUUGUUAAAAUUGAGUAUUCUGGCAUAAACAUCCAGUGAAAGAACUGUGCUCAUACCGUUGUAUUAUAGUUACUUCUUUUUACACCCGCUCACUGCAUUAACUGUCAUUUUUUUACUUCAUGUCUAAAGUAGAUUUUGGCCCCACCAUCCCCCCACCCUCCCCCCACCAUCCCCCCACCAUCCCAUGCGAGAUUUGCCGUUCAUAUUGUGCGGUGUAGUGUGAAGACGCUCACCCUUGCCCAUGUUAAGGAUAACACAUUUUUUGUACUCAUUGACACCCUCUCUGUGCUUGCUACUUGGAAUUUGUUGUUUUUCAAUUACUCCUCAAUGAGGUUGCAUCGUAGAUAGCAGACUGUUUCUGAUUGGUGGUGUUAGAUUUAAUUCUUAUUUCUGUUGUUAUGUUGAAAAUGUUUUUGUGUAACUGUAGGCAACUCUGCUCUUUUAUGAGGUGCUGGUGUUUGUCAACACUUUUUUGGCUCUGAGUUGUGAUUAUUUUUUUCCCCCUUUUGUGAUGUGCUGGCCCCAGCGGAGUGUGUGAUUCCCUGCCUCAGCAGCUCCUGUGAUAGCACCUUUUUGUUCACUUUCUCUAAUCAGAGAAACUGCUGGGGUUUUUGGUCAGUUUAUAAUUUGGAAAACCUGAACGAUUUGUAGAAAAAAAGUAGUGCGAAUAAUUAUGUUAAAAUAUUAAAUAAAAAUGUCAAAAAAAACAAAAAACUUUAUGAAUUUAAUUGUUGUGUGUCAUGUAAUCUGACUGGAAAGUUCUCACCAUCUUCAAAAGUUUGUUUGUGUGGGUCUUUUUAGUUUUAGCUUCUGGCAGCGUGCGGUUUUCCUGUGGAACUGUCGGUGUACGUCUUCAGCUCCUGUCCUGUGUGCUUUCCUCACAGCCAUGUUGUUCCGGCUGCUGUUUUCCACUGACUUAAGUAGUUGGUUAAUGUACUGAUCAAGUCAGUUUGGAGCACCACAGGAUCCUUUUACUUUGAGAAACUGGACAAUCAAUAUCGACGCUUACUUCAAUUGCAGUAUGGUAGAGGAUGGCGCGUUUAGCAAAAUGUAAGUUACGUUUGAGGGUUUGGGAAUGUCAGAUAUAUCAAAAGGCGAUGGAAUCAGGCACUCAUCAGUUUUUGGGCAUGUGGAGUUAUUGGUAUCGUUCUAAAGCUUGUUUAUUUGUCUUGCUUUUGGUAAAAAAAACAACCCACUCUUCUUUCAUGAAUAGAAGUCGAAAUAUUUGCUAUUGAAGGAGGUGGGGUUGCCUGAUUUCAAAGGUAGAAUUACCAAGAAAAUUGCCAUCAAAGUUGCGCGACUUCCAAAUCUGAAGAGUUCUUGGAAACUGCAAAUUUACUUUUUUUUUGUUUUUGUACCUUAGUUCUACGUGUUUUUUAGUAAAAUCCACAAAGAAAUGUGUUUUUCAAUGGAUGUUAAAGGUGUUGAGUCCCCCCCAAAAAAACUGGAUGAAAAUUUCCAAUCGGGUAGAUUUCAUCAUUUUGACGAACGCCUGAUUUCAUCUCGAUCCCUCAGCUAUAUGUCUUAGACUUUACUGUGUGAGAUAAUGGGCUGGCGGAAGGAGACAGAUGUUGUGAAGUUGUGUGAGUGGUCUGACAGUUGGGCCACAAGAUGACAGACAAGCACUCCUGACUUUUCUUUAAGCCCAUCUGUACUGUUCAAAGACCUAUAUAAUACAUAUUACUAGACUGCAUAAUAGUUUCUCCUAAGAGGCAUAAGUUACUGGAUGAAGUCUGUGCCUUUUUCUGUUGGCCUUCGGUUCUCAACGGUUUUUGUUUGUGGAUUUUCUGUUGUCAGUUUUUUCGACCCUGACCACCUUACUUCCAGUGUGGUACCAAAGAUGUUGUGCCGAUGGAACAUUUGAUGUGGAACUGAUGAUGUAACAGGGAUCAGAAAUGCUAAAGCCAUGGUGUGAACUUGUCAAAUGGACACAGAGCAAUGAUGUCACAGAAUUUUCAUUGACUUCUUAUUUGGUCUUCGGGUGAAGAAGAAUUCGUUUCCAGAAUAACCCCUUUUGGACGUGGCAAUCUCUAUAUUAUUUGUCAUGAGUUGUAUUUUCUCUCUGACAAAGUUGGUAAUAUCUUCCCAGGAAAUUCCAACAUAGGUGGCCAUAUUUUAAGGUUUUCCUGUUGACUGUUUUAUAUUAAUUCACUUCAUGAA